AUGGAAUCUCUGAAGGAUGAGCUCAUGGAAGGCGGCAACGCCAAUGGCCAAGGCAAGGCCGAAACUCCGCCUACCGAAACUGAGGUUUACGGCUGUCGCAAUCGUUGUGGAACCUUUGUCAAUGGUCUUUACGUGCAAGCCUUCGUUUUGUCCUUGAUUGUGGUGAAUGCCAUUCUGACAGGAUUGGCUACCUUUGACUUUCCAAACCCCACUGUGAACGACGUUUUGGAUGGAAUCUCGAUUCUCAUCCUCAUCGUUUUCACCAUUGAAGUAUUCAUGCAGCUUGUCUUGCAUGGCUGGAGGUUCAUCUUGAAUGGAUGGUUGGUCUUUGAGUUUGCGAUUGUCCUCUUGAGCUGGUUUUUUACGGGAAUUCAGAUCUUUAUGACCUUUCGGCUUUUGCGUGCCUCUGGGGUAUUGUCCCGCAUGCAAGUGAUGAAGAAUCUCUUGUCAGCCAUUUCUGGUGCCAUGUCAAGGCUGUGUGCAAUUGGUAUGAUUCUCAUGGUGAUUGGCUACGUCUUUGCCGUCAUGUUCACAGUGCUCUUCCGAGACCUUUAUAAAACGGGUGUCACCUCCCAGAAUUACUUUGGUCGCCUGGACAACACCUGUUUUACGCUAUUCCAGAUCAUGACUCUUGACUCAUGGAGCAAUAUUGCUCGCGAAGUCAUGGUGUUCCAUCCAUGGGCGUGGCUUCCAUUCGUUGUCUUUGUCAGCAUUACAGGUUUCGUCGUGCUGAAUCUGAUUGUUGCUGUAUUCUGCGACACCAUCGUCGGGCUCAAUACUGGCUGUGAGAAAGCCAAGCCGGAGGAAGAAGGCGGCACCCAAAAUGUCUGGGUAUGCUGGACUGAUCAGGAUUCUGGCAAAGUCUGCCGUGACAAAGUCCGUGGUCUGUCCGUGAAAGCUGAUGUCUCGGAUCUACGCGUGGCCUUUAGUGAGCAGCAUGGCAUAGAUGUAAAGUCACCUGCUCUGCUCAAGGUCCUCAAGAACAAGGACGAUAGCUUGGAAUUGAAGGCUUCUCUUGCAAUGAAAGAUUUGUUUGUGGGAACCAAUGAAGGUCUGGGCCAAGUCGAGGAAAUGGCUCUACACGUUGUUGUCCCGCAAAAGUAG